AUGAGCUGGAAGGGUUUCAAGAAGGCGCUAGAGCGCAUGCCCCACCAGCUACAGAACAAGAUAGGCCGCGGCACGAAGACAGUGGACACCGAGUAUGACGACCUGAAGCUGCGGUUCAUCGACCUGGAGACAGUGGCCAAGACGCUGUUUCUGCAGGCAGCGCAGUUCCGCGAUAGCAUCCGCGCUACGCUGGUGUACCAGAUAGCGUUCCUGGAGCAGAUCCUGGCCAGCUACCGGCCAAUUACCACCGACCCUGAAGGCGUAGCCCAGCCCAUGGGCAGCUACAUCGACGAGGGGGCGUCACCAGAGCUGCUGCAUGUGGCCGAGGAGUUCCGCAGCCGCGUCACAGCCAUCAAGACCAGCGUUGACCCGCAACUGGAGACGCUGGACAUGUCUGUGGUGGGCCCGGUGCAGGAGAUGCUGGCCAUGAUGAAGAACGUGCGCCGUGUGAUGCAGAAGCGCGACCACAAGAUGGUAGAUUUCGACCGCUACCGUGCCCAGGUUGAGAAGCACGAGGCAAAGGAGGGGCUCGAGGGACAGCGCAGCCUGCCCGACCAGCAGAGCUACGAAAAGUACAGCGCCCAGUACCAGGAGGCCUCGCGGCAGUACAACUACUACAACGACAUGCUCAAGGCCGAGUUGUCUCAGCUGCUGGAUCUGCGCCAGGCAUUCAUGGACCCGGUCUUCCUCAAGUUCUUCCGCAUCCAGCACCAGCUCUACACGCAGCUGCUUGUCGAGAUGUCGGCCGCCGCCCGCAACUGCCCUGCGUUCGACCUAACCACGCCUGUUGUGGUUGGGUGGCAGCAAAAGUGGCCCCGUGCCGAGCAGACCAUGGGGUCCAUUGACCUGUGGAGCCAGGGCUUUAUGAAUGUCGAGCCGUACAAGCUUGACGAAAAGCCCAAGGGCUUUGUUGGCUCGCUGAAGGGCACCUUCCGCAAGAAGGAGAAGUCGGCCACCCCCACCGCAUCGAGCAUGUUUGCUGGCGGAGCGCCUGCCUAUGGCUCCUCGCCGCCACCAGCCGGCACCUCUACUGGCCACGACUCGCCCUACAGCUCCCACAGUGGCAACGCACCGCCGCCUAACGAGAAGCCGCAGGGGUGGGGCGGUGGCCCAUCACCCUAUGCAUCGCCGGCGUACCAGGCCCCACCGGGGGAGAAGCUGCCUGCUGCUGGCGCUGCUGCUUCGCCCAGCCAUAUGCCUCCACCGGCCUAUGACUCGCUGGCUGCUCCGAAUCCGUAUGCCCAGGCUCCGCCGCCCGAAAAGGCUCCACCCGCCUCCAUGCAGCUGCCAGUCCCCCGCCCGGGGCCUCGCCCCCAGUUCGUGGUGGCUAUCUAUGACUACGCCGCGCAGGCCGAAGGCGACUUGAGUUUCCGUGAGGGCGACCGCAUAGAGCUGGUGCAGCGCACCGCGGCCAAGGAUGACUGGUGGACAGGCCGUCUGAACGGUGUAACCGGCGUUUUCCCCGGCACAUACGUGACUGAUCCGUAG